AUGUUAAAUCAAUACGAAUAAAAUGAUGAUGAGAUCUAGUCUGAAAAUAAUGAUGAAAUAAUUAAUUUCGAUCAAUUUGAAGAUAAGGAAGAAGAAAUAAUCAAUACUUCCAAUGACAAGUUAUAAUCAAUACAAUACCCGUUUGAAGAAUAAAAGUAGGUCUUGAAGUAAGAAGGAAUUAUAGAAAAUGUGAUCGAAGAGAUGGUUUAAUUUAAACCAGAAGAUGAGCCUGACAACAUAGCCAAAUUUGGGAGUAUGCAUUGCGAGGAAGACUUUUAGAGUUGGAGGGAUGAAAAUAAACAAAACAAUUAAGACUAAUAGGUUUAAUAGAUUGAUACUAUGACUGAAAGAUAAGAGUAAUAGGCUUAAAUUAUAUAUCGACCUAAUUUAAUUGUGGAUAUGAAAGAAUUCUUGCAAAAACCGAUCGACUAAUCAUUAGAUAUAACUGACAAUCAUCAAGGAUAAAAGUGGAACAAACAAGUUUCAUCAUAAAUACCUAUUGUAUUUGAGUGGUUAACCCAAUAGAUUUUUAUGUUCAGCAAAACGAUAGGCUUUCAGUUAAUAAAUUCAUUAUAUAAAUUUGAUAGGAAACACAAGUCUUGUUUGGGUAAGCUAAAAGGAUAUCGUGGGGUAUUUAGAUUGUUUGACACUGGUGAUAAUCCAAAAGAUGCCAAGUUCUUAGACAAAGUAAGGAAGGAAUUGUGUUUAAUCAAUUUCCAAAAUUCCAAAUAGACUGGUUAGAUUAGACAGAGUGUGAUUGUACCAAAAAUCAAAGAUGGAUAACCUUGUGAAUUCAAACCAUUGAAUGAUACAGAUGGAUUAUUGAAAGCCUAUCAUUCAUUACAAUAUAAGGAUCAAAUUAUGCAUUUUAUGAAUAAGAUACCAAUUUACAAUAAUGAAAAGAAGAUAUAUCAAUUGUAAUUCAGUGAUAGAGUGACUAUGCCCUCUGUAAAGAAUUGUAUAAUUCAUGAUAUCAAUUGCACAGAUAAAAAUAAGUUUGUAUUACAAUUUGGAAAAUGUGCAAAAAAGACUUAUUCAGUUGAUAUCAGUCAUCCGUUAUCUAUUUUACAAGGAUUUGCAAUAUGCAUCUCACAAUUUGAGAAAAAAGAUUGA